AUGGCUGAACUGCAUGUUGUGGAAUCGAGUGGCACUGGCACCAUAGAGCAACCCGAGCAGCACCGCGAUGUCCGGGGCUCUGUGCGCCUGGCGUCGCCCACUCUCAUGGUUCCGCCGCGGAGCAGCCAGCUCAGCCCCGGCGGCGGGGUGUCGAGCGGCAGUGGCGGACGCUCGGUGUACGGGUUCCCGGUGAAGAGCAACCCGAGCUCCCCGUCCGAACCGGUAGACAAGCCGGGCUCACGCUGGGUUCGUCUGAACGUCGGUGGGACUUACUUCAUCACGACCAAACAGACGCUGUGUCGGGACCCUAAAUCUUUCCUGUCCCGACUGUGUCAAGAAGACCCCGACCUGGACUCCGACAAAGACGAGACUGGAGCCUACCUGAUCGACAGGGACCCCACGUACUUCGGCCCCAUCCUGAAUUACCUUCGGCACGGAAAAUUGAUCAUGGAUAAAAACCUGGCUGAGGAAGGUGUUCUUGAGGAAGCCGAGUUCUACAACAUCGCAUCACUGGUGAGGCUGGUUAAAGAGAGGAUACGGGACAACGAGAACCGAACGUCUCAGGGUCCCGUGAAGCAUGUGUAUCGAGUACUACAGUGCCAAGAGGAGGAACUCACACAGAUGGUCUCAACCAUGUCAGACGGUUGGAAGUUUGAGCAGCUUAUAAGUAUCGGCUCCUCUUAUAACUACGGCAACGAGGACCAGGCAGAGUUUCUAUGUGUAGUUUCCCGGGAACUCAACAACUCCACCAACGGCAUCGUCAUCGAGCCCACCGAGAAGGCCAAGAUCCUUCAGGAGCGAGGCUCGCGGAUGUGAAGAGACCCAGACGCUGAGCUAAAUAACACUUUAUCAAGAAAAAAACUAAACAAUAACACGAACAUUUUCUCCAGUUUUCAUCGGGAUCCAUGAGUUCACCUUCCUCCUCUACCUUUCUACUAUCGCCUUCAUCAUCGUCAUCAACCCCCCGUCCCUCCUCCUCUGGUGUGCCUUUCCACAGCGGGGGCUGCCCGACGCCUCCCUCUACUCCAGUGCUACACCACGACCCUGAUUUGUUUUCUCCUCCAUCGCCGGCUGUGGAACACUUCAGGGGGAGUUUAAAAAGGAUUACAAGUGAGUGGUUUUUCCUCAUAGCAGCUUUUUUGAUGGUCAGUGUCACUGUGGUGCAGGCAGGCUACGGUGCUGAUUGUAGCCCCUUAUUAUUGUCAGUGGAUGGACGCCCAGCACAGAGCUACUACAAAUCAUCAGUUAUCAUCACGUCUACAUUUGGCUUAGCAGAAAUCUCCUCAGGACUCUCGAAGGACAUAAAGGAAUGAACACAACUCCUAUGACUGAGCGUCUUUACAUGAAUCUGUUAACGGAGCCGCCUCCCCCUCUGCACUCCCAGACUCCUUGGCUGAUGUCUGAGGCAACGAACCGAGCGAGGAGGGUGGAGGGUGGCGCAGUUGUAGGCAGCAGUUUGAGCAUUCCUGGUGCAGCAUUUCCUCCGCUCCCUUGAAUCUUUAAACACCUUAAAUGAGUGAGACACCGUCAUCUUACAGGCGCUGUAAAAAAUCACGGCAUCCUACUCCUCCUGUUUCCUUUCCCGAGGCUCGAUUUUGUCUCUCCUCCCCAGGGAGAAAAUUUGGGAAAAACAAAAGACUCUUAAAAAGUCUACACCUGUGUAAAAUGUGUCGAGGCAUGUGAGGAAUCUAUAUAGGCUACAUGAUGAAAUUAUAUGAAAUGCAAAAUGGUGUAAUUAAUGAUUUCUGUAUCAUAGUUGUCAUAUAUUUACAUACUCUUGGUGGGUGAGUCUAUUUAAAUGAUGGGGAAAAUAUCAUUUUUCAUUACCAGUCUUUCCUGAAGGUUUCCCUCCCGGUAACAUGGACGUGAGUAUGUGUAUGCAGGGCCUCUCUGCUUUCUGUCCAUGACUGAAAUAUCAGCUGCACGUUUUCUGUAGUGUUCUUCAAAAAACAAAACUCCGAGUUUUCUCUUAGAUAUCCUACUUUGAUCUCUUGCAUAUCUUAAAAUUGUAAUAAGGGAUACGGAAAACUGUCAUUUGUCCAGAUAAGAGCGGCGUGGCGGGGAUUGGAGUGCGGCCAGUUUCUGUGCUGCCUCAAACCCUUAACGCAGCGCUCUCUUCACGGCCCUGUGCUAUUUAUUCUCAUGCCAAUAUUCACUCACUUUGCAGCUGCCUCUGUUGCCUGUCCUCAACGUAACACCCAAAUGACUGUGUUGUCUUACAUUCUGCAGCACUUGUAGCAACUGAAGCGGAAUUGUACUCCUCACGCUUAAAGCCCUGAGAUACCUGAGCCUACAUUAUCACAGAGAUUUACAGACUGUAAGCGAACCUGCCACGUGGGCUUCAGAUGUUAUGUGACGUUGCAUUUCUGUGCCAGCAGAUGGGUAUCAACUUGUCUAAAGUUUAUUUCUCUUGAAAUGUACUUGACAUUAAGUUGCUGUGUGAUAGUGCUGUUUUUAAGACUUGUAACAACAUUGGAGCAACGUGGAAAUUAAGGCCGAACAAUUAAUCGGAAUUGUAUCGAAAUGGCAAUAUGAACUAGUGCGGUAUCCAAGUUUAAGGCUGGAGAGAAAAAUCACACCGUGAUCAUUUUAAUAUAUAUUUUUAAUGAGAAUAAUGAUGCAAAAAGUAUAUCAUAAAAGUUCAAUCAAUUGCAAUAUCAAACAAAAAUAAUCGCUGUAUAUGUUUUCAAAUGAUUUAUAAGUGAUUUGAACUUGGCAAGUAAAACUGAAUUGGCUUCUACUUAUAAUGUGCAUUUACAAAAACGGUAGGUCUGCAAGUAACUUGAGCUGAAGCAGCUUAACUGAUUGGUCAAAUAAUCUGCAAUGUAGUUUGUAUUUCUCUGUUUUAAAUCAAUGUAAAUUAUACAUAUUUGUGGGUUUUGGGUUUGGUAUCUGUGAUUACACUAAUAAUCGGUUUAUUUAAAAAAGUAAUCGGAAAAAUCAUGGUUAGCUGCAGUCACCAAACUGUAGGGCUCCAACUAAUGAUUGUUUUAUUUUGAUUAAUCUUUUUAUUUUUCAAUGGAUCAAUGAAUCGUUAAGUCUAUAAAAAGUCAGAAAAUAGUGAAAAAUGCACACGGCAGCGUCUUCAAAUUGCUUGUUUCCCUUCAACAAAAAUAUUCAAUUUAAAAUGAUAAAAAACAGCAAAUCUUCACAUUUGACAAACUGAAGCCAGCGAAUUGUUGCCAUUGUUGUUACUGGAGUAAAUGCAGCCUUGUUGUACGAGCAGCUUAAUGCAAAGUUUGAGUCAUAUUCACACAUAUCACUUGGAAAAUUGAAACAUCUCGUGCAGACUGAACUCACGUUCUAAACCGCCGUCCCUAAAAGCUGAAAAGAGCGUCCGAUCUUUAAUCACUGGCACCGAUCACUUUGAUACACCUUUCUUUGUAUAAAGAACAUAUUUGAUGCAGUUAUGUUAUAUCAAGCAUGAUCAAAAAGAAUGCGAGAAAAAAAAAAAGUACCUGUGCUGUCGUCAUGCUCCCUGAUGUUCAGUCAGGCCUCAGAGCUCAAA